UUCCCUCCCGCCUUUUAUCCACCCGGUUCGUCCGGCUCAUCCUCUCCUGAUUCCAGGCCCACAGCCUCGCUCGUCCACGCUGCCCUCCGCAGCCGCGGCACACAACCCCCGGACCCUUCUCCAUCGCCGUUUGGCUACCUAACGGCUUGCCACCAUGGGUUUCCUCGGUGUCUACACGGCCAUCUACGACUACCUCCCCCAAGCGGAGGGGGAAUUAGAGCUACGCGAAGGCGAUCUGCUGUACAUCCUCGAGAAAGGCGAAGAGGAGGAUUGGUGGAAGGCUAAGAAGAAGGCCGAGCGUGAGGAUGACGACGAACCCGAGGGUCUCGUCCCAAACAACUACGUCGAGGAGGCUCAACCAGUACACUCGGCCAAAGCGCUCUACGAUUAUACACGCCAGACGGACGAGGAGGUCUCCUUCUCCGAAGAUGCAGACUUGAUCGUGUAUGAUACCUCCGACCCGGACUGGACCUUGGUCGGUGUCAACUCCGAUUACGGCUUCGCCCCCGCGAACUACAUCGAAAUCCUUGAAGAUGCAGGCGCGCACCAUGCCCCUGCACCAGCCAUCCCGUCUCCUCCCCCCGCCGAAUCUGAACCCGAACCGGCGCCACCCGCCCUCCCGCAGCGACCGACGGUGACGGAGGAAGAAGUCAACGGGACCAGCGCAGCUCCUCCAAUUGAUGCCGUGCAGAAUCCUGCCGCCGCGGCCAUCGCAGAUAUCAUCCACAAGCAGCAUGCCGCUGCGACAGAACCGGAACCACCCAGAGCCGUUCCCCCGCCCCCUCAGCCAGCACGGCCAGCGUACGAUGAGCCCGAGGAGGAGCCCUACCGGAACGAGCCCUCGCCACCUCCGCCUGCGUUACCACGGCGUCCUCCGUCCGAGCAGAUCUCGUCGCCAGUCUCGCUGGAUUCUCCUCCAGAGCCCGCUCGGCCUCCUCGUUCUCAGGUUUCUUCGGUGCGCGACAGCGACCGCGGCGGCCAUGUGCAAGAAUCGCCCCCAUACAGCAGAGUCGGCCAACCGACCCCUCGUUCCCCUUCCGGCUACCAUAUCUACAGCAUCAAUGAGAUGGUGGAAGUAAUGGGCAAGCGCAAGAAGAUGCCCACAACCUUGGGUAUCAAUGUCGCAACCGGAACCAUCUUUAUUUCGCCCGAGGAGGGUGGUGAUGUGCAGGAAUGGACCGCAGACAAGCUCACCCAUUAUUCGAUUGAAGGAAAGCACGUCUUUGUGGAUCUGGUCCGGCCCAGUAAGAGCAUCGAUUUCCACGCGGGCGCCAAGGACACUGCUCGGGAAAUUGUCUCAGCCCUGGGUGAAAUUUCCGGCGCCUAUCGCGCAGAGGGUCUGAAGGAGGUCAUCGCCGCUGGUACCAGUGGAGGACAGAAGAAGGGCCAGAUUCUCUACGACUUCAUGGCUCAAGGAGACGAUGAGGUGACGGUGGCCGCGGGCGACGACGUCAUCGUCCUGGAUGACGGCAAGUCCGAAGAAUGGUGGCAGGUGCGGCGUGUGAAGAACGGAAAGGAGGGUGUCGUCCCAAGUAGCUACAUUGAGAUUACCGGAACGGUCGGGACUCCGGUGAUUAGUUCCGAACCGGGCCUUUCCACUGUAGAGAAGAAUCGCAUGGAGGAAGCGCGCCUAGCCAAGGAAGCUUUGCGCAAGUCGCGGACCGAUUCGGUUGACGGUCAGAAACGCGAUAGCAAGAGCAGCCACAAGCCGAAACCGGAUCCGGCCAAAACAAGGCAAUGGACUGAUCGCACCAAGACGUUCACUGUCGAGGCGCAAUUCAUUGGCCUGCAGGAUGGCAAGAUUCAUCUGCACAAGAUGAACGGUGUCAAAAUCGCGGUUCCCAUCCCGAAGAUGUCCGUCGAGGAUCUCGAGUAUGUAGAGAAGAUGACAGGCGUGUCUCUCGACGAGGACAAGCCGUUGUCGGACAUCAGACGCCGUUCUCAACGCGUCGAGCCUGAAAAGGCCCGGUCCCCCUCUGAGGGCAAACGUGCUUCAGCUACCGCCGGAGCUUCUUUCCAGCAAUCCGACUAUGACUGGUUUGACUUCUUCCUCAAGGCCGGCGUUGGCCCGCACCAAUGCGAGCGGUAUGCCCAAAAUUUCGUCAAGGACUCCAUGGACGAGGCCGUGCUUCCGGACAUCACCCCAGAGGUGCUGCGCACGCUCGGUCUGAAGGAAGGCGAUAUUUUGCGAGUGAUGCGCUACCUGGACAACAUGUUUGGGCGCACCGGAGCCAAGUCGAAGCUACGUAACGUAAGCUUUGGCGGUGAAGAAGUCAUCGGGAAUGGCGAAGAGGGUGCCGCCGGCAUCUUCUCUGGCCCUGGAGGUGUCCUUCGCAACAACACUCGUAAAGGCCGGCCCACUCCCACCUCGCCAGCCGGCGAUGUGGUCGACCCUAAGGCCUUUGAGCAGAAGGAUGCUUCGCAGCCUGCAGAGCGCAGUGCGACACCCCCCGCCACUGCUGCACCUUCCGAACCCCCGGUUCAGAAGGGCUUCGACGACGAUGCCUGGGAGGUGAAGCAGCCCAAGCAACCUGCUACUCCCGCCGCCGCUCCAGCUCCCUCGACGCCAGCUACUCCCUCAAGCCCCCCUCCGGCUGCGUCCUCUCCCGCCACGACACAACCACCGGCUCAGCAACCACUUGCAGGCGCGAUGGCUGACCUGUCUUUGCUUCAAGCUCCUCUUCAGCCUACGCCUGCGGCUCCUGCCCCGCAAUCUCCGCCGGCGCCCUUGCCAGCUCUCCAGCCACAGCCGACCAUUCAACCCCAGCACACUGCGGUGCCCGCAACGCAAAUGCAACCACAGCAGACAGGGGCCACGCCGGGCUUCUUCUCCCAGUUGGCACAAGCUGCGCAACAGCCUGCUCCGGGUGCCCAAGGGUUCAGUCCUCAAGCAACGGGCUUCCAGCAAGCUUCAAGACAACGCCCCCAGCCGCCUCAGAACAUGGGACAGAGCUCUUUGCUUCCUCCACCACCCCAGCGACCCCUCUCCGCGCCCCAGAACUUCCCUCAGCAGCCAAACUCGUUCGGUCCGCCUCCUUUGCAACCCCAACUGACUGGUAUUCCUCAGUCGGGACCGCAGAUUGCUCCGCCGGGACAGAGUCUGGCCGAACUGAACCAACAGCGGUUCCAGCCCACUCUCCAGCCCCAGCCUACUGGUUUCAUGCCUCAGGCUCAGUUCCAGAAUGGACUGGCACCGCAGCCCACCGGUUUCCAGCCGCAGUCCCAGUUCGGAAUCCAGCAACAGCAAGCUGGGUACCCGGGUCUGGUGCCACAGCCUACAGGCUUCGGGGGCUUCCAGCCGCAACCCCAGCAGCCGAUGCAAACCGGCAUCAAUUCCGUUCUGCCUCCGCCUCUGCAGCCCCAACCUACGGGUAUGAAUGGUGUUGGCAGCAUGCCUUACAGCGCACCUCCUGUGCCGCCAAUCCCGCAACAACCUACGGCUGCACCAUUGCAGCCACAGCAGACCGGACCCGCCCCUGCUGUCCGGUUUGGUGUGAAGAACGAGCCUCCCAAGAAGCUCGCUCCUCAGCCGACCGGUCUCCGGGCCAAUCUCGCACAAGCCACGCCUACCAAUCCGUUUGGAUUCUAAUUCAAACCUGUAUAUAUCAGUCUGUGACUUGGCGACACACGAUUUUCCUUUACUAUACAUGGUCGCUUGCUAUUUCUUGCUGGCGGGAAUGGCAUGCACAUCAUACAUAAAUGAUGCCGCGGUUUGCUUUCAUUUCUGCCACUUCU